GGGUCAAAGUUCAAUUUUGGCGGGCAUUUAGAUGACCUUUGAACCCUUAUGCCAAAAACUCCUUAGCAGAUAUAUAAAUAUACUAGAUAUAGCUAUGCAAGCAGAAGCAAAUCAUGUGGAGGAGCAACAAGAAGAGGAACAGUUUGGCCCUCAGCUUAUAAACAAGCUGGAGGGACAAGGUAUUAGUGCGUCUGAUGUGAAGAAACUGAGUGAUGCAGGAUACCACACAAUAGAGUCUGUUGCGUAUGCUCCCAAAAAGGCUCUCAUUUUGAUCAAAGGAAUCAGUGAAGCAAAAGCUGACAAGAUACAAAACGAGGCUGCAAAGCUCGUCCCUAUGGGGUUCACCACAGCAACAGAGUUCCAUCAACGGCGCUCUGAAAUCAUUCAGCUGACGACAGGGUCAAAAGAGUUAGAUAAACUACUAGGAGGAGGAAUUGAGACUGGCUCCAUCACGGAGAUGUUUGGAGAGUUCAGAACUGGAAAGACCCAGCUUUGUCACACUCUUGCAGUCACGUGUCAGUUGCCGAUAGACUCUGGUGGUGGUGAGGGAAAGUGCUUGUACAUUGACACAGAGGGCACCUUCAGACCCGAGAGACUACUAGCCGUGGCUGAGAGGUUUGGGCUGUCAGGAUCAGAUGUGCUGGAUAAUGUGGCUUAUGCUAGAGCGUACAAUACAGACCAUCAAGGACAGCUGCUAUUACAGGCCUCUGCAAUGAUGGCUGAGUCACGGUACUCUCUGCUGAUAGUAGACAGUGCUACUGCCCUGUACCGCACCGACUACUCUGGUAGGGGGGAGCUGAGUGCCCGACAGAUGCACCUGGCUAGAUUUCUCAGAACACUGCUCAGACUGGCUGAUGAGUUUGGAGUGGCGGUGUUAAUUACUAAUCAGGUGGUUGCUCAAGUGGACGGGGCAUCCAUGUUUGCUACUGAUCCUAAGAAACCGAUUGGUGGAAAUAUUAUCGCACAUGCUUCGACAACAAGACUAUACCUGAGAAAAGGACGUGGAGAAACCAGAAUAUGCAAGAUCUAUGACUCUCCUUGCUUACCUGAAUCAGAAGCUAUGUUUGCUAUCAAUGCUGAUGGGAUAGGAGAUUCAAAAGACUAACCAUUAUGAGCAGACAAUGUCAUCUUCGAUUUUAUUUAUAUGCAAAUGUAUGCACUCACUCACACUUUGUUCACUGCUGUCACUUCAAAAUUCAACACAAUAAAUAUUGAGAAGAUACAAAAUGUAAUUUAUAAUUGAAA